AAUAAUAAGUAUAACUCAAAUUAAGUAACUAUCCCGUGUCAGUUUCAGCCCCAUUGCCCACCAUGGCACAAACACUCAUAACAAUUUCUGAAGAAUUUACAGAAUGUACAAUUUGUUUAAAAUCAUGGUACGAAAACGACCCGAAACAAUUGGAGUGUGGUCACACUUUCUGCAGAAAUUGUUUGCAGAGUAUGAUAGCAGCGGUGGGUAAAGAAACUCUGGCUUGUCCGACGUGUAGAUUUCGUUCAAAGGUUUUACCAGGUGGGGUAGACGCUCUUACUUCCAAUAGAACACUUAAGAAUGCCCGAAAGUUGAAAAUUUACGAGGAAGAAGGUACAGAUAGAGUUAGACUAAUUCACGAAGAAGAAGAAGUUGUUUUAAAGCAAAUAGAUUUACAAUUGCAAAAAGUCAAAUUACAGAUUGAAAAUGAAGCUGAGACAUUAAGGUCUAACGUGAGAAGUUUGUUUAAAUCAAGAAUAAUACCAGAUUCUUGCUGGUUUAGACCAGAAAAUUUUGUAUCUAUAGGUAAAGUUAUGAAAGUAAAACCGUUUAAAAAACCACCAAAGAUGACCUCAUUCGUCACUGAAUGUGUUAGAGUACAAGAUAUCUUUGUAGGAAAGAAUGCCAUCUUUGUUUCAAGAAUAGUUAGAAUACACCCUCAGGGUCAGAGUUUAAUUAGUAAAUAUUCCAAGGAUGGACAAUUUAUUAGAGACGUUAUAUGGAUGAACACAGCUAAGACUUGUGUCUGCGAAGAAGACGAUGACCUAUUUGUUUCCGACUAUACCGGAAGUAGAAUUUUGAGGACAUCUAAUGGGCAACCAAGCUUUUCUUUGUGGGUAUCCGUAGAAAAGCCUCUAGCUAUAGCAUCCUCCAACAAAAAAUUAUUUGUCAGUUGCCCUUACGUGGUGUACUGCUUUGAUUCAAGUCAAGCAAUACUUUGGCAUUCCAGAUGUAAUUUUAGAAAUCCUUUCUCUAUUAGUCCCACAGAGAAAUGGCUAUAUCUAAUCGACAAUUGUAACAAACAAGUUGAAUCUCUGGAUAUAAGCAGUGGACUCCCAGGAAGGAGAUUCCAUUCUCAAACACCUCCCUCUAGUAUAUAUUCAACUAGCGAGGGAAUACUAUUGGGAUGUAGCGAUAGAUUAAAAAUUGAACUGUUUUCAGACGAAUGGCAGCAAAUAGAUGAUUUACAUCUUGGUUUUAAACCAUUUUUUAUCAGAUUAUUAGAUAAAGAACAAACAAGAAUAGUUUGCAGCGAAAAUGGAUCGAAUCGCAUUUGGAUUAUCGAAUGUUAGUGAGGAUUGAUGGAGAGAAAGAGAAAAGAAGAUAGAAGAAAGAGAGAGAGAGAGAGAGAGAGAGAGAAAGAAAGA